AGGAAAAUAUCGUUGGCUUCGUCGACAUCCCUCAUUGUCUUUGCUGACCCUCACUAUGAGAGGACUGUAAUUUGCCUAUAUCUCGACAGCCAAAUUCUUCAGGGAAAAUGUCGAUGUUCUCUUCAACUAGCUGCUGGAGAGAUUGUGGUUCUGGGAACUAUGCUUUUGGCGCUCUGACUCUGUUGCAUGGUAAAGCAAAGGCUUUGCCUUCCAAACAUAGGCUUGACAUAGUUUCACAUCAGAUGAGAUCUGAAUGUUUGAAGCUCAAUUCCAUUCUCAGUCUCAGUUUCCUUGAUUCCUUGGAGCUGAGUAGCAUUAAACAUAAAAUUCAUUCCAAGUCUAGAUUAUCAAGAAAAUUGCAUCAACCAUACUCAUGGGUUAUUAGGAACGAUCAUCCUCAAAAUGCAGAUUUUCCUCGGCAUUAUUCAAAGAAAGAAAAGAAGCUGUUUCCAGUACCCAUUGUGGAGCUGAGACGAGCUGCAAGGGAGAGGCUCAAGAAGAGGAAAAGCCAACCAAAGAGUCGAGUCCAAGCUCCAAAGAAUGGUUUGCUUGUAAAAAGCCUUGUACCAAUUGCCUAUGAUGUAUUCAACACGAGAAUUACAUUGAUUAACAAUCUCAAGCAACUUUUGAAAGUGGUACGAGUUCAUGCUUGCGGGUGGUGCAAUGAAAUCCAUGUGGGACCUGUUGGACAUCCGUUCAAGUCAUGUAGAGGACAAGGUGCAUCCAUCAGGAAGGGCCUGCAUGAAUGGACAAAUGCAACUAUUGAAGACAUAUUUGUGCCAGUUGAGGCCUACCACCUUUAUGAUCGACUUGGUAAUCGUAUUCGUCAUGAAGAAAGAUUUUCAAUUCCUCGAGUUCCAGCAUUAGUUGAACUAUGCAUCCAAGCUGGUGUUGAUAUUCCUGAAUUCCCCACGAAAAGGAGAAGAAAGCCAAUCAUCCGCAUUGGUAAAAGGGAAUUUAUCGAUGCAGACGAAAGUGAACUACCAGACCCCACCCCAGAAGCUCCUCCAAAACCAUUACUAACAGAGGUACCUGAUGCAGAGAUAGUUUCUCCUAGUAAUGAUGAGGAAACAGCUUUACUUGCUGAGGAAACACUCAAAGCGUGGGAGCAGAUGAGGAGAGGAGCAAAGAAGUUGAUGAGAAUGUACAGAGUGAGAGUUUGUGGAUAUUGUCCUGAGGUACAUGUUGGUCCUACAGGGCACAAAGCACAAAACUGUGGGGCGCACAAGCACCAGCAGCGUAAUGGGCAGCAUGGCUGGCAGUCAGCUGUGCUUGAUGACUUGAUUCCGCCAAGAUAUGUAUGGCAUGUUCCUGAUGUAAAUGGCCCGCCCUUGCAGCGAGAACUGCGGGACUUUUACGGCCAAGCCCCAGCUAUAGUGGAGAUGUGUGUGCAAGCUGGAGCCGCCAUACCGGAGCAAAACAAGUCAACCAUGAGAUUGGAGGUUGGGAUUCCUUCUAGUGUUAAAGAAGCUGAGAUGGUUGUUUGAGGGUUUUUCUUGUACCUUUGCUGGAAGUUUAAGAUGUAACUUUUAGAAAGUUGCAGUUGGAAGAAAUACACUGCACUUGCUUUGAUAUUUGUUGUUUCAUCUUCAUAGGUUUGAUCACGUUAUAAGUAAAUUUUUAUUUGGUUGA